AUGGCUCUGUUGAAGCGCUUUCGGGAUGCGAUAAGAGAUGGAGAUAACGUCAUUGCUAUCCUCAAGGGUUCUGCAAUCGCUCAGGACGGCAAGACGAACGGUAUUAUGGCCCCGAACGCGAAAGCACAGGAACUUGUUGCCCGACAAGCCCUUAAACAAGCAAACGUCAACCCUGCGACUGUAGAGUACGUUGAGGCUCAUGCGACAUCGACGCCUUUGGGGGAUCCGACCGAGGUCAGCGCAAUAUCGGCGGUUUACGGUGUAUCCAGAUCGAAGCCGGUGAACGUAGGAUCAGUGAAGCCAAAUGUCGGCCACCUCGAAGCAGGUGCGGGAGCAAUAGGGUUUAUCAAGGCUGUUCUGGCCCUGAACAAGGCGCAAUUUCCGCCGCAGGCCAACCUCACCAAGCUCAACUCUAAGGUCGACUGGAAGAAUUCGGGUACAGAAGUAGUGCAAGAGGUUUCCGACUGGCUGGACGUGGAGGCGCAUCCACGUCGGGCGGCUAUAUGUUCAUAUGGAUAUGGGGGCACCGUUGCUCACGCUAUCAUCGAGCAGUCUUCGUUUCGCCUUGCUACGAUGAACCAACAGAACAGCGGAUGCGCUCACGCCCCAGUCACGCUUGCGAUCUCGGCCCCACAACGAAAACGACUUGCUGGACAGGCGGACUCGCUGGCGAGGUGGUUGAUGGGUCCAGGGAAGAGAGAAGAUUUGAGGUCAAUUGCAAACACCCUUGCUCUCCGCCGCGCUCAUCAUGAGUACCGAGCAGCAUUUGCUGUUACCAGUGUAGAGCAGGCAGCGGAAAUGCUCAAAGUAUUUGCCGAAGGUGGUAACAACGGCGAGUGGAGUUCUCAGGGCAACGCGCUCGCGACGAACACAAAGAAAGAUGUUGUUUGGGUUUUCUCAGGUCAUGGCGCACAGUGGAACGAAAUGGCGAGGCAGCUGGUUGCCAAUCCCGUCUUCCACGGCGCUGUUGAGCCCUUAGACCGCAUCGUGCAAGCAGAGGCUGGGUUCUCCCCUAUCGAGGCGUUCGGGAAGAGUGGCAGCGACUACGACGAGUCCGAUCGGGUGCAAAUCUUGACAUAUGUCUUCCAAAUUGGACUUGUUGCUUUGCUUAGAUCUGAAGGAGUCAGUCCUGGUGCCAUCAUUGGACAUUCAGUGGGGGAGAUUGCCGCCUCGGUGACAGCAGGCUGCCUUACUCCAGAAGAAGGUACCUUGGUUGUCACUAGACGAGCUGGGCAGUACGCCAAAGUCAAGGGUCUUGGAGCUAUGUUCCUUGUGCAUCUGCCCUUUGACCAAGUCAAGGGGGAGCUAUACAAUGAGCAAGAUGUUAUUGCAGCAAUCCAUUCGUCGCCCUCAGCUUGCGUCAUCAGCGGAAGGGUCAAAGCCGUCGAGAUGUAUGUUGAGAAACUCCAAAAACGAGGCAUCGAGGCGAUUAGGGUGGCAACCGAUAUUGCAUUCCAUUCUGCAGGAGUGCUGAGUCCGCUGGCGCAACCAGUGAGGGAGAUGUUAGCGACGGAUAUUCAGCCUCGGCCAGCAACGGUUCCUCUCUACUCGACAUCCGACCCUGACCCACGCUCAAACAGCCUAAGAGACGCCGAAUAUUGGGUCCACAACAUGAUCAGCCCUGUUUUACUCACAUCCGCCGUGAAGGCAUCUAUUUCAGACGGAUUCCGACUGUUCCUCGAGGUGUCCAGUCAUCCAAUCGUAUCCCAUUCAAUCAACGAAACCAUCCUAGAUGAUGGCUUUGAAGACGAAGAGUUCGCAGUUAUUCCAACCGUUCGCCGCCGCAAGUCUCCGGAGAUGUGUGUGGCGCAAGCUAUCGGCACGUUGUACACCAAGGACGCAAGCAUCGACUUCAACAGGUCUCUUGGCCGUCGAUGGGCACCGGGAGUGCCUGGUACGCAGUGGGUGCACAAGCCAAUCUGGAGAAAGGUGCAUAGUGACAGCUCGCUAGGUGUUGACAGCCCCACGCAUGAUGUUGACAAGCACACUCUGCUAGGCCAGCUGAUCCCCGUUUCCGGGACUGCAACCAAGACGACCUUGUACACCACCAGAUUGGAUAAUGACACCAAGCCAUUCCCAGGCAAUCACCCACUCCAUGGGACUGAGAUUAUGCCCGCUGCCGUGCUUAUCAACACUUUCUAUCACGCGACAGGGGCUUCCACUUUGUCCAACAUUGAUCUGCGCGUCCCAAUAGUCAUUAGCGAUGUAAGAGACGUCCAGGUAGUAUUGGUGGAUGACAGCAUCAAGAUAACCUCACGGCUGCGCCAAAGCAGUGCCUCUAAUGACCAAUCUUGGGUUACCCAUACUGUCGGUCGUUGGGGCGCAUCUCAAUUGGAUACCAGCGUGAUGCCUUACAUCGAUGUUGAAGCUAUCAAGCGGCGAAUUGGUACUGUCCUGCCCUCCAACUUCUCCAUCGACUACUUGGACAAGGUCGGCGUUUCAGCCAUGGGAUUCCCUUGGGCUGUCACAGAGCACUUUGGCGACCUCAAGGAAAUGCUUGCUCGCGUCGAUGUUGCGCCAGAUGUCGCGGACGGCGCCAAGCUGCCCUGGCAUGGCUCUUCAUGGGCCCCUCUUCUCGACGCUGCAACAUCUGUGGGGUCUACCAUCUUCUUUGAUAAGCCAAAAUUGCGGAUGCCAGCACAGAUUGAGACGGUCCAGUUCUUCACACAGUACGGAGUGUCGCCGCCCAAGACAUGCUAUCUCUACGUAGAGGAAGCCGGCGAACGUGGAGCGCCUGCAGUUCAUGUCAACGUGUGCAACGAAGAGGGAAGAGUGUUGGCCAAAUUUGGAUCGAUGCGCUUCUCCGAGAUUGAGGGCACCCCAGGCGUCAGCGGUGGUGUCGAGAGCCUCGUCCACACCAUCGCCUGGGUGCCUGCACCAUUCUCGCGCGAGGCAGCUUCAUGGGAAAGCUUCAUCCUCACAUCAGAAGACCCGGCUACACUUGACUGGCGCUUGGAACAGCUGCAAAAAGAGCGUAAAGCCAGAAACGUGACUGCCACCCGCGUGCAGUCGGCAGCAGAAGUGGUCGCUAAAGCACUGGUCCCCAAUACGGCCAUCAUUUACUGUCCGGGCCCCGUAUUUGUUCUCGCUGACGUACCAUCCAAAGCCGAGACGUUUCUCUCGGAACUGCUGCUCUUGACCAAGCAUGCCGUCUGCUGCACGUCCACAUCCGGAAGCGGAAGCGAGAGCGGAAGCAAAGUCUUCGCCAUUACCACAGGAGUGUCAACUGCCGAAACACCCACGGCGUUGUCUCAUGCUCCGCUCCAUGGGCUCGCCCGUAUCAUUGCAUCUGAGCACCCUGACCAAUGGGGAGCAUUAAUAGAUGUCGAGGAUCUUAGCGACGAUGAGACCUUUCCUAUGCUCGCAAUGACGUACGUCCAUAAUCAAGACGUUGUUUGUAUGGAAGACGGUCUCCCCCGAGUUGCUCGUCUGCAACCGCUGUCACGUGAGAGAUUGUAUGAUACCUCCGCCUCUCGGUCUUCUUCUUCCUCUCCACCUCCCUCUUUGAUGCCUAAGCCAGCAGGAACAUAUCUAGUGACGGGCGGACUGGGUUCGCUCGGGCUCGAGGUAGCGGGCUGGCUCGUGGAGAAGGGGGCGCGGCGAUUGGUGCUGGUAUCUCGACGAAAACUGCCUGCGAGGUGUGAUUGGGACAAGCUUGAGACAUCCUCAUCCAGCAGCCUCAAGCCUGCUGUCGACAAGAUUCUGGAACUCGAGGCUUGCGGAGCAACGGUAUACACACUCGCGGUCGACAUUGGUUCAGCAGACGCAGCGGCAGUGCUGCGGACCAAAUUAGACAGGCUACAACUACCAUCGGUGCUGGGUGUAGUCCACGCGGCGGGCACGCUCGAAGACCAGCUCAUUCAGAAUGCCUCACCCGAGGCCUUCUCGCGCGUGCUACAGCCCAAGGUUGCUGGGGCGCUGGCAUUGCACACCACCUUUCCACCGCGAACGCUCGACUGGCUUGUCCUCUUUAGUUCGUGCGGCCAGCUCUUCGGCUUCCCAGGCCAAGGCAGUUAUGCCAGCGGGAAUGCCUUCCUUGACUCCUUGGCCACGUAUAGGCGCGCGCUUGGAGACGAUACCGUAGCCUUCCAGUGGACUAGUUGGCGUGGCCUGGGCAUGGCAGCGAGUGCCGAGUCUAUUAACGCUGAGUUGCAAAGCAAGGGCAUUACCGACAUCACGCCCGAGGAGGCAUUCCGCGCUUGGGAGCAUCUUGGUAAGUACGACCUAGCUCAUGGUGCUGUGCUGCGGAUUCUACCCUUUCCUGAAGGUGAGCCACUGCCCGCGGACAUUUUGGACGACAUCGCAAUAAGAACAAAAACGCGUUCACUAGGUGCUGCAGGCGGAGACAUCGAUAACGACACCGCAGCUGGAGAUGAGAUGCCUACGAACGGCGUUGACCUGAGGACAUGGUUAGAACGGAGGAUUAGAGAUAUCGUCGCUGGGGUACUAAUGUUGGAAAGUGCUGACGAGGUGGACCCGCGCGCUGCCAUGGCGGACUUGGGCGUCGAUAGCGUCAUAACAGCGACGCUGCGUCAUCGAUUACAGAGUGCCUUGAAAGUCAAGGUGCCGCCCACGCUGUUGUGGAGUCAUCCAACUGUUUGCCAUCUUGUUAAUUGGUUCGCGGAGAAGAUGAAAACUUAA